UCACCUUUCAUACUUUUUUUUUUUUUUAGAAUUAUAGGAAACGGCAGCAAUUUCGGAGAAGCAUAACGGAUAUUCGAAUCAUAGCACCAUAUAUUCCAAUUGAUGCAUUUGACCUUUCACAAGGUAAACUUUUAAGCUCGUAGACGAAUGAAGGUCUAAGCACGCUUUAAGCAUCCAGCUUCAAAGAUAUCUUAAACAAACGCCCAUCAGCUAUCUCGGAGCUAAACGGAAUUGUACCGUGCAAAUCUUCGGCUUUGUUAUUUUCAAGCCUAUCUAUAUUACCAGACAAUGUCUUCUUAGAGGCAAUCAACUUAUGGCUCGCCACUUUGUUUUAGCAAACACGGACAACCCGUGCAAUCAGAUUUCAGGGGUAGUAUCUUCAAUGAUACCCUAUAUAGUAUCAACACCCUUUUAAUUUACAGGAUUAAGACGCGAUCUUUUAGCUUUGGAGGCUGAUUUCCUACCAAGCCACCUUUAAUUUCUAAGUUACGGAAUGGGCGACACCCGUUCUUCACGGCCGUCUGGGGCGGCUCAUAGGGAGAGGAUGGAAGAAGACGAUCGUAUCUCGGAAUAUGGAUCUGAUCUCGACGAGACCUCUGGUGAGAUCAGACAUCGAGCGAGAAAGUCUGAGGAACGCUCUCGUAGGACUCCAAGAAAUGGUGCUGCCAAUGGCUUAAAACGCCAAAUCCCCGAAUGGUCGGAGUCUAGUGACCGAAACGACAAUGACUAUGAGGAGGGCGAAGAAUAUGAGCACUUGCUAGAUCCCAACCUUCCAGAUGAAGAGGCUAUUGAACUGCAUCGAAUGGAUUCUGGGAGUCUGGCAUCGUUCGACGAUGAAACCGCUUCCAAAGCUGGCGAAGAAAACUCGCCGUAUGAGGAGGUCCGAGCUGCAGUACGCAACUAUGAUGAAGAUCUUCCAUGCAAUACUCUUCGAGCCUGGUCGAUUGGGUUGGCCUUGGUUCUUGUUGGCGCAUCAAUGAACACCCUCUUCUCAUUGAGACAGCCCUCAAUCGGCCUAGGUGCUCUCAUCGCUCAAAUCAUCGCUUGGCCACUUGGUCGUGCUUGGGAGAAAGUAGUGCCUGACCGCCAAAUUAGGAUAUUUGGCCUAGGAUGCGACUUAAACCCGGGGCCUUUCAACAUAAAAGAGCACUCUAUUAUCGUCGUUAUGGCUUCGGUAUCGUUUUCUGUAGCCUAUGCUACCGAUAUCAUACUUGCGCAGCUAGUAUUCUACAAGCAAAAUUUCGGCAUAAUAUUUCAACUUGUCUUAACCAUCUCGACGCAAUCUCUUGGAUAUGGGAUUGCGGGCAUGAUGCGGAGAUUUCUAGUGUAUCCUGCCUCCAUGAUCUGGCCUGGUAAUUUAGUCGCCGUUGCUCUAAUGAAUGCAAUGUAUGAGAAACACGAAGCACCCGAGCCAUCUAUCAUUGGCGGGCGUAUGCCAAGAUAUAGAUGGUUUGGUAUUAUGACUUUCGUCUCCGCCCUAUACUACUUUAUUCCUGGAUACUUUGCCCAAUUCUUGAGCGUCUUUGCUUUCGCAACAUGGAUGGCUCCUCAGAACCCAGUAGUAAACCAAUUGUUCGGUGGCACGACCGGCCUGUCUUUGUUACCGAUUACUUUCGACUGGACGCAGAUCUCAGGAUAUAUAGGUUCGCCUCUGACCUUCCCGUGGCAUGCUAUUGCAAAUACUACGAUAGGUGUCGUAUUGUUUUAUAUUAUACUCUCUACAUUUUUCCAUUACACUGGCGUAUGGUAUGCUCCGUUCUUACCAAUGAGCGACUCUUCUACAUAUGACAACACCGGCGCCACAUAUAACGUGUCAAGGAUAUUGACCCCCCAGUUCACCUUAGACGAAGAAGCCUACAAGGCUUAUUCACCAAUCUUCAUAAGUACCACUUUUGCAUUGUCUUACGGGUUAUCUUUUGCGGCGAUCACUGCCUUGAUAGUAUAUACCUAUCUGCAUCAUAGAAAAGUUAUCUGGGAUCAAUACAGGAACAGCACCAGCGAGAAACCUGACAUACAUAUGAAGCUUAUGCAGAAGUACAAGGAAGCACCUUCGUGGUGGUAUUUUUCCCUGUUCGCGAUUGUGCUGGCAUUGGCCUUUGUUUCGGUCUUAGCAUAUCCAACCAAUCUAACUUGGUGGGCUUUCUUGCUCGCCGUGGGAAUCUCAUUCACUUUUUCGCUCCCAAUUGGCAUUAUUCAGGCUGUUACGAACCACCAGAUCGGGCUCAACGUCUUAACCGAGUUUGUAUACGGCUAUAUUCAGCCCGGACGACCUUUGGCCCUUAUGUUAUUUAAAACAUAUGGUUAUAUCACAAUGGCCCAAGCCUUGAGCUUCGUCUCCGAUCUGAAAUUUGGUCAUUACAUGAAAAUUCCCCCGCGAACUAUGUUUAUGGCUCAGGUCGUCGCGACGACAUUUUCAUGUUUCAUCCAGAUCGCAGUCCUCAAUUUUGCACUCGGCAACAUUGAAGGUGUAUGUGAAUUAACUCAGCCGCAGCGGUUUACUUGUCCAGGAGGCCGAGUGUUCUUCUCAGCUUCCGUCAUCUGGGGUCUGAUCGGACCAUCCCGGGUAUUCUCUCCCGGCCAGAUCUAUUCGGGGCUCCUCACGUUCUUCGUCGUUGGCGCCGUCGCACCCAUUGUAUUCUGGUUCGCAGCGCGCCGAUGGCCAAGGUCAGGUGCCAAAUACUUGAUGGCGCCUCUGAUCUUCGGUGGUGCGGGUUCGAUCCCACCAGCAACGCCCCUUAAUUACCUGUCUUGGGGUGUCGUUGGAUACGUGUUCCAGUACGUAAUCAAGAAGCGCCAUUUCCGCUGGUGGAGCCGCCUCAAUUACCUCACGUCUGCCGGCCUCGAUCUCGGUCUUGCGCUAGGCACGUUUGUCAUGUUCUUCGUGUUUACGCUUAACGAGAUCGAGGCUCCCCGCUGGUGGGGAAAUGAUGUGGUGACGGGUACGAUGGACUAUCAGGGUAAGGCUAUCCAGGUUGUAUUGCCGCCGGGCGAAACUUUUGGGCCAGAGGUAUGGUAAGGCUGCGAGGGCAUAUUCGCUAGCAUCGACAGGCGUAAGUAUUUGGUGAUGUACUCUGUAUGUCCCUAGUUGACGUGGAGUUGAAAUCCUAGAACCAGCAUAGACGAUCUAACAUAGAAGCACGUCCCAUAGAUUUGUAUCGAUACUCGUUAUUCUAUUAUAGGUGAUUUACCGAGGAGUUAAAUUUGCGGGUGUUUACACGUAG